UUCGCGUGGUGUGCUCGGAAUUCAAACAGUAAUUAUUAUUAUUAUUUUUUGCUAUUUAACUUAGAUCUUUUCGGGGCUCGCACUAAAAAAAUAUAAGUAUCUAUUGGAGUGUUUAGCUAAAUAUAUGUAAAUAUGGUUUUACUGCGGAUUUUGCGGUGGCUUUUGCGUCCCGUCUCGAGGCUCCUGUACGCGCUGUUUGCUCUGGUGUGGCCGCGACGCCGAGCUGAGAGAGAGGAGCCGCUCACACAGCGGGGUAACACCAAACAGAGGAGUCAGUCCCAGGCAGUGAUUGAGGAGCUGCAGAUGGUCAGAAAUCAACUAGAGACCAAACUGGAAGAGAAGAAGAAGAUUGAAAAUCAGUUGUGGGACACAGAAAACACAGUGACAGCACUGCAAGAGAAAGUUAAGCAGCUUCAGGAUAUGCUAAAAAUGGACAAAGGGAACUCUUUUAUUGAAGCUGGCCCAUCAAAUAAAGAGAAUGUCACUCCAGCACAAACUUCUCCUCCACCUCCUCCUCCUCCUCCUCCUCCUCCUCUUCCUCCUCCUCCUCCGGUGCUUUCUACAAGUCCUAUUGACCCACUGGAUGCUUUAAGGAACAGAAAGAAGUCUGGAAGCAACAGCACUAACCUAAAGAAACCUGCACAGUCUGUAGAUGUAAAAACCAGGGCAAUGGAUGAAAUGAUGGAAAGAAUUAAGAAAGGGGUUGUACUGAAGCCAACUCAGAAACCUCCACAGGACACCAUAAAACAACCAGGACCCCAAAGGAUCUUUCUGGAGGAGAAAGAGCAUCCAGCCCCAAAAGCUCAGGUCACAAGCUCUUCAAAUUGGCUAGCAGAGAUUGGGAAAGUUCCUGUCCUGCAAAGGCUGAAGCAGAACCACUAAAGGAAAACUUACGCAUUAGAGCAGCAGAAUGUGUCACCUAGGAAGACAAGUGAAGAUAAAACCAUUUAACAUUUUCUUUUGACAUUAUACUGUUAAUAUUAUAAUCUAAAUUAAUUAAUAAGGUUCAUAGUAAAAAUCAAAAUCUGUUUUUAAUUAAUACAGUAUGUACAGCCAUUUCUUUUUGUAAUGCAGGAUCUCCUUUCUUUACAUCUUUACAAUGCUCCCAUUUGUUAAGCAAAAAAACAAAAAAGUUUCUUGAAAAUAAUUUAUCUUUAAAGAUUAAAUAAAUCAAAUACACUUACCCAGGUGGCACGGUGGCAUAGUGGUUAGUGCUGUUACCUUGCACCCCAAGGUUGAUUCCUGCCUCGUGUCUGUGUGUAUGGAUUUUGCAUUGCUUGCUAUUACUCCAAAGACAUGCAGCUAAGGGUAAUUGGUGUGCACAAAUUGCCCAUAGUGUAAAUGAGCAUGUGAGAGUGUGUGUGUGUGUGUGUGUGCCCUGUGAUGGAUUGGCACCCCAUCGAGGGUAUACCCUGCCUUGUGCCCUAAGUCUCCUGGUCCCCUCAUGACCCUGUAUACAAGCUAAAGUGGUAUAGAUGAUAAGUGAAUAAGUGUGUGUGAUACACUGUCCCUUAAGAAAAUAUUAUUCAUUAUACAUUAUUUAUUAUUAUUAAUAAUUUUAAAGAAAAUGUUGUGACAUUGAGCAUUGUCCUUAGGCAGCAUUAUUAAAGUAAAGUUGAGAGUAGCUAUUUAGUUUAAGUUUGUCAACGAUUACACUUUUAUCAAUUUAUCAGGAACAUUUUAGAAUGCUUAAUAAUAAUAAUAAUAAUAAAAAAAAACACUGUAUAUUUUUUACCAAUGUUUCUUUCCUGGCUAGAUUUCUGUGCUUCUAAGAAAUAAGUGAUUCUGUGAAGUGUCAUCUAUCUUCCUCUCUUUGUCUAUCUGUAUUCUCCAUGUUUGUGCUAGAAGGAAGUUAAUGAGAAUCCAGUGCCUAAUGUCCUUCAUAUGUUACUCAACUUAAUUAAGCUUGUUUUUCUCAUCUGGCUUCACUUAGACAAAUAAUUGUGUGUCAUCAGCAUAACAAUUUAAACUAAUACAAUGCUUACAAAUUAUGUUACCCACAGGAAGCAUGUUCAGAGAGAAAAUAGCAAUGGGAUUAGAAUAGAACCCUGUGGAACACCAAGCUUUACAUUAGUACAUGUAGAAUAGUCACCAUUUACAACAAAGCUGAUAACAACCAGUGCCCAAAGACGUGAGCCAGGAGAGGGCCGCUCCCAUAACUCCAUUUUACAUUUACAUUUUGGGCAUUUGGCAGACUUUUUCACAGCAACUUACAAUUUUCUAAUCUAGGAGAAUAGUAUGAUCAGUGGUGUCAAAAGCUGCACUACGGUCAAGUGACACAAUCAAGGAGACACAACCCUGAGCAAAGGACAGUAGAAGGUCAUUUGCCAUUUACCAGAGCUGUCCCUGUGCUGUAAUGAGGCCUGAAUCCUGACCUAUGCAUUUCAUAAAUUUUAUUUCUAUGUAGAUACAAGAACAGCUGCUGUGCUACAACCUUCUUUAAAAUUUUGGAUUUAAAAGGGAGGUUUGAUAUUGGCCUACACUGUAAAAAAUCUUAUGUGCUAUCUACUUAAAAAAAUAUGGUAACACUAUUGCACGUAUUAUUUUUAAUCAGUUUUUAAGGCUUUAUUUUUUUUUAGAAGAAUUUACUUGAAUAAAUCAUCAAAAAAUGCCUAAA